CGAAGGAGCUAACGGCCGAUGCCGAAUCUUGACCUCAUCAAUGUUGUCAAUUACUUAGCUGUUCACAGACAGGGUUUCAGUGUAAAGGUGGAGAAAGUUGCAUCUUUACUUUCCGCUGGUUGGCUCAAGAUUGUUGGGGAAACAUUUGAAGCUGUGGGAAAGAUGGCUAAGACUUUAAAUCCUGACUGGAACUUUGGUAUAUCUGCAGCAGACUAUGUUGAAGGCAGUGCUACACUUGCGAGUUCAUUGUACUACCAAGCACUUGGUGUCCCGACUGGUCCACAUGGUGCUUUCCGUGACUAUCAAGUUGAUGCAGUUACUUUGAAAUUCAUGUCUAGAUUUCCUCCUAAAACCAAUCUGAGGAAGCAGCAGGAGUUAUUUCUACGAGGUGCCCGAUUAAUUGAAGGGACCAUAAGAUCAGUGAACAACCUGCUCGAGAAGUUUCAUCAAUCGUUUUUCUUAUAUCUAUUAACUUCCUCGAGUAAGUUUGUCUCCGUAGGAGUGUACAUGAUCGCAUUUGCUCUCCUCAUAGCCCCGCUUCCUUCUCUAUAUAUGGAUGCUUCUAGUACAUUUCCAAAAGCCACGGACAAAUAUGUGCUCAAGUCUUGGAUAUGGCUUGAUGCAGCCAAACGGGUAUUUGCCAUACACGUGUGGGGUGCUGUUAUCGCGCUGCUCCCAUAUUUGAUACCGGGUCACCACAUGGCAGCAUGGGUUAUCUCUUCUUCUUCUUCUUCGUCUUUAGCCCUUUUGGUAAUUCCAGGUUGCUCUCCAUUCACCAAGUGGACCAUGUUGAAAUCAGUGACUAUCUCAGCAACUUUUAUAGGACUUUUAUAG